AUGCCCAUCAAUAACCCUUUACCCGCGAGUCUCAAUAGCGAAUGCAGAAAGGCUUCAAGAAUUCUAGCCUCGUUCGUCGACCCACAGCAAGCGUUUGGCCCAGACAAGAUCAUUCCACCUUCUGUUCUUUCGAAUGCCAAAGGGUUGGCAAUAAUCACGGUGGUGAAGGCUGGUAUUCUUCUCUCUGCAAGAUAUGGUUCAGGUUUAGUUAUUGCCCGUAAACAUGAUGGAACAUGGUCUGCGCCAUCCGCGAUUGCCACGGCAGGUGCUGGUUUUGGAAGUCAAAUUGGUGCUGAGUUAACUGAUUUUGUCAUGAUUUUAAACGACACAAACGCAGUCAAGACCUUUGCUCAAGUAGGAAGCAUCACGCUAGGAGGGAACGUUUCUGUCGCCGCAGGUCCUUUGGGAAGAAAUGCCGAGGCCAGUGGAAUGGCUAGCCUGAGAUCGGUUGCAGCUAUAUUCUCCUAUAGUAAAACGAAAGGUCUUUUCGCAGGCGUUUCCCUGGAAGGUUCAGUAAUAAUGGAACGCAAGGAUGCGAACAAAAAAUUCUACGGGGGCAGUGUUACCGGCAGGCAGCUCCUCAGUGGUAGUAUAAAUCCGCCCCCGGACGCUGAUGCUCUUAUUCGUAUUCUCAAUUCUCGAGUAUUUUCCGGAAACUUUACCGGUGCAAAUUAUGACGAUAUAUAUAAUGAUAUACCCAAGUAUGAUAAUGACAGAGAUCCGAGUAUUUGGGAGGGCCAAAAUGGGCGCGCAUUCGGCGAAAGUGAAUAUCGCGACCGAAGAGGGUCAAGGGCAGGCUCUAUCGGUAGCCAACGGGUUUCUAGAUCUUCGACGUGGCAAGACGAUGUAUACGACAGGGAAGGAGAUUCGGCCUGGAGGGAAGCGCAUCGUCCAGAUCCUGGGCAAACCUUUGACACCUACGACGCUCAUGGCGGUAAUCAAUUCCAGCGCCAGCAUUUCCAAAGCACCUACUCGGAUAAGGGGCCAGCACCUGGCAGACCAACUGCCCCUAAACCUGUCUUUAAGCCGAAGCCUAGAGUAUCAACAUUAGGAGCAAACCAGGCUGUAGCCUUGUACACUUUUGAAGCCGAUCAACCUGGAGAUUUAGGAUUCAAGAAAGGAGACAUAAUAACAAUUACCAAGAAAACCGAUUCCAAAAACGAUUGGUGGACUGGUCAAAUUGAUGGGAGAACAGGAAUAUUCCCCAGUAACUACGUUGAGAGCAUGUAA